CUAGAAUUCCUGAGCAGCUAAGCCAGCUAAGCAGCCAUAUAGACUCCACUUCUAAAAUGAGUUGCUUCAAUGAAUCACUUGACAGUGAAAACUGCUUUCUUUCUCCUGAAAGAGCCGGUAUCUAUGACGCAAUUGCUGGGAUUAGAAUGAUUUCUUCACUCUUAGGAGUUUUUGGAGCCACUUCCAUAAUUUUCUCAGUUAUUUGGAAGCGCAGAUUAUUACAUUCAGAAGUUCAUCCAAUUUUUAUGCUUUCCUUGUCUGAUUGCUUGUUAGCACUACUGUGGAUAACUGGAUCAUCAAUAUGGCUCUCAAGUGCAAGAGAUAAGGCAGCUUGGUGCUAUUCUCUCACACUUAUAACAGCUGUAAUGGAAUGUAUCGCUGUUAAUUUAACUGUAGUAUAUUCAGUGUUUGCAUAUGCAAAAAUUCGAAAGACAGACCUGAAUAGUGUUUUGGCUCACUCAAUUCGAAAUGAAAUUUCAUGGAAAGUAACUGUGCCUGUUUACAGUGUUGCAUGGUCCUUCCCUUUGUUUUUCAUCAUACUAGUCUUUAGUGUCACUAUAGGUAGCAAUACAGAUUUGCUCUCAAAAGUUAACGAAUGCUCAUGCUGGUGUAUACCAUCUCUUAUAAAUAUAUUUCCUGCUGUAAAAGAUAUUAACAAGAAUACAAUGAUUAUGAGACAUCUGCAAGCAAGGCUAAUGGUUGGCCUUGGCAUAGUCAUAAUACUACAUUAUCUACUGGCCUUUAUAUUGCUUAUGGUACUUUACAAGAAAAUUCUUAACAAAAUCAAAAAAAUUCGACAAGAACAUGAGCAACUAGUUUUUGGACGGAAAGCUAUUGAUAAUUCUAAUCAUAGCAAAUAUGGAUCGGCUGAAAAAAAUCGUAUUGAAGUAGGGCACUCUGAAGCUAAAAAACGUGUUGUUCUGUUUAUUAGUGUAUUUAUUUGCAGUGGUCUAUUCAAUAUGGUACUUGCAAUCCUUCUUGUUGUCUUUCUUUCAUCCUAUUUGGCCCAUGAUCAUGAUGAGGCAACAAACCACAGCCAUGAUUCAUUAUUUGAUAUUUUUAAAGGGUUUAUAUAUGCACAAUCCCUCACAUUACCUUUGCAAGGUUUUAUGAAUGCUAUUGUUUAUGGCUGGACAAGAGAUGACUUUGUUCAUACUAUUGCUAUUAACAGAACUGAAGAAAUGAAUUCUGAUGUUCCAAACAAUUUUUCUAAUGCCACUGAGCUUAUCUAUAAUGAGUCAUCUAGAGACAAUGAUUUUGAAGAAACAAUUAACGCUAAUAGUGACCGUGACAGUGACUAAAAAUUUUCAAUGAGAAAUGUUUUAUUGAUGCCACUUUUACUUUUUGUGUUACCUUUUAUUUGAUUUUAAUAUUGCUGCCUUCAAAAUUAAAAAUAUUACAAGUGCUGUGAUACAGAAGUUUCUCAAUA